CUCAACGACUGGUUUAUAGUCGUAAGCGACUAAAUAUUUUUGGGCAAACUGCGUUCUGUAUAACAGAACAAGACUGUCUGAACUCUGAUCACAGGUGCAGUAGGCUAUAGCCUAUUUUAAAAGGCGCCGACGCAUCAGAACAGCGGUGCUGUCUGGUCUUCUGCGGUCGUUGUUUUCAUUGAACAUUCAGGCAAUUUUCACACAAUUUUGGAAGUCACACCCGACAGGUAUUUGAAUAUAUUGAAAUGACAUACUACUUAAUCAUUAGGGAUGAUACACAGCAGUAAAAAAAAAAUGUUUUUUUUGCCGUGGGCUCUUUAAGGGAACGGCUAUUCUUGCGUCUCCCUACAGUGAACCCGCCCUCACAGAACUAGCGUAGCCGGAUAUAAAGUAGCUGAUUUAAAAGCAACACAAAUGUUUUUUAGUUGUUAUGUUUUUAGGCUAUGUGCGUGAAUAUAUUUACAUAAUUUGUGUAUGGUCGUGUUUUCUCAUUCAAAGUAGGCUAUAAUUUGGGUUGACCAAGUUGAUAGGAGUCUCACUGCGGGGAGCGUAGCUUCCACGCAAAACGGGGGAUUCGGCAUCGGACAGGACGGCCGGUCAAGUGCACGACACUGACAACGAUCACGAUUUCCUGUUUCAUUUUUCACAGCAACAUUUUUGAACAUUUUAAAUGGACGACUUAUUAAGGGAGAUGCUUUUUAUAUUCUCGGUCAGCAAAACCGGUUCCUCAUGAAAGUGUCCUGGCCAUCAGGAAAGCAUCCAUUGCACUACUUCAUACCCAGGAUACAGCCAGGAUGUCGUCCGUGGUGGUGUCUGAACUGAACGAGGUGUCCCUGAAGCACCUGCCCAUGGACAGGUGGAUGACACACCUGCCAUGUGCUCUCUGGGACCUGCCUCUCUGGAACAUGGCCAUCCCAGGAAGCCACAAUGCAAUAACUUACUGUCUGGACAAAAGCGACAGAUCCCCUGUGGAUCUCACUCAACCAGAUAUGCUUCAGAAGCUGGACAAGUACAUGAAGCCUCUCAUUCGACCGUUUGUUUACAAGUGGGCGGUAACACAGGAGUGCACUCCGAGUGAACAGCUGGACUGCGGGGUUAGGUACUGCGACCUCAGAAUCGCACACAGGCCAAAUGACAGCUCCAAUGAUCUCUACUUCUACCACGGAGUUUACACCAGUAUCACUGUGGAGACCGUUUUGAAGGAGAUAAGAGAGUGGCUGGAUGCUCAUCCCAGAGAAGUUGUCAUACUGUCCUUCAGUCACUUCCUGGGUCUGGACCAGGAACUGCACACACAACUCAUCACAACCAUAAGGAACGUGUUCACCUCAAAGCUCUGUCCGAAAACGGAAAUGGCAACACUGAGGAACCUGUGGACUUUAGGUUACCAAGUGAUUGUCUCCUACGAGCACUAUGUUGUCAACUGCCACGCUGACCUCUGGUCACACAUCCCCUACUGGUGGGCUAACAAGUGCAAAGCAGAGGCUCUCAUUGAAGAGUUUGAGUGCAAAAAACUAAAUGGCCGCCCAGACGGAUUCUUCGUCACGGGUAUUAACCUCACAGAGGAUCUGAAGUACAUCUGCUCCCACCCCACUGAGUCUCUGAAGGACCUGGUCAUGUCCACCUACCCUGCCCUGCUGGGCUGGGUGAGGAACCAGACCCCGGGCUCUAACACUGACUCCCUCAACAUCAUAGCGGGGGACUUUGUCACAGAGAGCCAGUUUGUGCCAACUGUGGUAGCACUUAACGAGAAAUUACUGAACUGGCCUUCAUGAUAUCCGGAGAGGAAACCUGAAUUUUUGCCAAUUUCACCUCAGAGCAAAGUAUAAAUGGAGGGAUCGUCGGCAUGAAAUGAGAAUAAGCUUGUUUUCUGAUUUGAUAUUUAUUCCAGUGACUUGAACAUUUUUAGGAUAUGCACUCAUUGAUGAUACUGAAAUAUUUAUUUCUGAUGUUUGGAGCUGCUUAAAGUACUUAAAAAGUGUCUUCACCUGCA